AUGACGCUUGAUCCUAUCCGUCGCCUCCUUACAAUGGGGCAUGAUGUUGCCCAAAUGCCAAUAUCCCAUUUCCCUGAAUGCAAGAAAGUCUGCUUCAUCUGUGUCAACUGUUUUAAGUCUUAUAGAGGAAAUCUCGGUGUCGCCCCAAUUAAUGACUCUGUUUCAUUCGCGAAGCUUAUGAAGAACUUCGACUUCGAAAUUUACAUUCUCCAGACACCUCAUAAGAGAAAUUUCUUGACAAUUUUCGAUAAAAUCUUGCAAAACACCACACAGCAACUUGUCUUUUACUAUGCUGGUCAACCCCUUGUAGACUUGGAUUUAACUGAUGGAAAGGAUAUUUACCACUUCAAAUUCGAUGACGGCGUUAUUCCACAAGUUGAAGUCGUUCAGCACAUUGCAGCGAACAAGAAUACCGAAUCCGAACUCUUCUUGAUCACCCAUCGUGCUCCAAAGGGCUCAAUCUUCGCGUUUGGAGAUGGAACAGUUGAAGGAGAGAAAAUGCCACCAAAAUGCGUCUCCAUCUGUGCUGUUCGUGACGCUCAAGCAGCAAUGAACCAAACAAUGACGAUGGCCAAUGAUGAAGGCAUUUUCACCUACACUUUAUGCAAGGAUAUCAAAGAAAUCCGCGAUGCAACACCAAACCAGAUUGAGCAAGCAAUGAGAAAGACAAUUGCUGACUAUGGACAUGUAGUUGCUGUCGGUCUUACAACACCAGAAAUGGGCGACAAGCCAAUGUUCCAAAUUGAAUUCGAUUAA